AGCUGGCUGGCUUCCACCGACUCAGAACGAUCCCAGCAGAACCAGUCUGGCCGUGGUACGGUGAGGAUUGAGAAUCGAUUGGUCUUGGAUGGAGCCGCUCAACAUCGCGCGAGCCCGUUCGAGAAUCGAGGAGGAAACUUCACAGAAAAGUUGAACGGAUCGGCGGAAUUUACGCGGCCGAGGAUUCGCCCGCUCUUCCGGAAUACGCCGAACCGAAGAACCGAAGGAGGCUCGACGCCCGUAGUGUCGUAUUCGCUGGAAAACGUAGAGGCGCGUGGGUACGUACUUUGAACCGUGAAACGGAACGUUUCCCGGGGAUCCGCUCGCUCGACUACGCGCACGGUGGAAGCACCAAGAAGUUCCCGAAAUGCUGGUAGCCUCGAUCUGUCACGAAAUCUACUACACGGUGUUGCCCAGUACGACCAUGACCUCGCGAGUACCACGCUGCCUCUUCGGCCGGCCGAACUCGCGGGAGACCAUCGAGAUGCUCCAGGAGGCCCUAGACGCGGAGAGGAGCAAGUUCGCCAGGAGAUGGGGAGUGGAUCCCUGCUCCGAAGAAAAUAAGGAGAAUAAUUACCAGAGGCGGAACAACGAGAGGAGCGACCGGUCGCCCGGCAAAAAGCGAAGUAAUCCGUAUUCAAGGCAGACCAGCAUUCACGAUUACUGGCGUGCUCGAAAAGUGUGCGACGUGAACAAGAAACCGUUGACGACCACGAUGGACGUGUCGAAGCAAAAUGUGGAAUCGUCGAAAACAACGAAGACGACCACUAUGACAACCACAACGACGAUAACGAAGACCACGUAGAAGACGACGUUGAACUGAUGUGAACGCAUAUUCUCUGAUCCUGUGCAUACGUGCGGUUUUCUCUUGUUUUGCUGCGGUGGCGAAAAAAACCGCCAUGUUAACUUAAAUAUGCCGGGCGACAAAAAGACCAACGCUCGAAAGCAGUUUAGUUUAAAAUUACUUAAAAAAUUAAUAUAUUUUGCAUUUAGCGGAUUACUAAAAUAUUAUUUAAAUAUUAUUUAAAUACUAUUUUUGAAAUGAUAAAAGACGUACUGCACAAAAAGUAAUGAAAUGUGAGCAUAUCUUAGGCGCGGGGUUUUAACGAUCGUUUGCGUAAAAUGAACUUCAUCUGCGCUACCAAAAUUUGUAUAUUUGUUCCCUGGUCUUUCGAGCAUUAUACAUAUAUUAUCAUCGAUCAAUUAUUGAAAUAAUCUUCUCUAGAAUUAAUCGCGACGGACGUAUUGAUUAAUUUUUGUAAAUAAUUCGUCAAGUGAUUUAUGGAGGUUUGGAUGGACUUCACCGCCGUAAGAAUCGCAUUUGCUAAUUAAAAUGUCCAAAUGACAAACCGUUAUAUCAAUUUAAAGCGCGACAUGAUUUUUAACGAGCUCGACUAUACAAAAGACUUUUCACGGCGGCGACGAUCCAUCGAGAGCCUGAAACGGUUGGUUCCACGACGAAGCCAACGAUGCAGCGCCUCCAAAGACUAUAUUUGAUUACAAACGUCAAUUCGCAACUCCGCACUCUCGUCGCAUGAGAGACAGGAGACUGUCCUAUGUACAUGUCGUCUUAGAAUUAAUAGAGAAAGUUCUCUAGUCAUCUAGUCAUUAUAAGCUAAUAAUAAACUAUUGUGCUUUCAUUCCUG